GGCUGGACCGCGACAACCGCGAUAGGGCAGAUAUGGCAUAUGCGGCAUAGGGAUUCUAAAUUCUGUGGUAAGAGCAAUUACUCUGUUCUUUCCUGGUCGUCGGUGUUGGUGUCUUUACCGCCAGACAGUGUUAAAACUCGCCCGGAAGGAACCCCAAAACCGGCGUCCCACCGUUCCGCCGAGCCCAGCGACGGAACUCAAGUAGGCGGCAACACCAUGCCCGAGCCGUGAAGGCAUGUCGUCUUGUUGCUCGCAAGUUACACGGACUACCGAUGUGUGCGGGCGCGUUUCAAACUCGACCAGUUUACUGUGGGCGUCUUUACGCCGCACUUCCACUUGAAAGGGAAUCCUGACAAGUCCCGUCGCCUUCCGCCGGGAAGGAACACGUCCGAGAUGGGAGAAGUUCAGGACGCGGAUCGCCUCCGGAGGCUGAAAGAGCUGGAGCGGAAGCUGGUGGACCGCACAUCCGAGGUCCACGUAGACGGACUCCUGGAUGCGGUACAAGCUCUUGUCAUGGACUGCAAAAGUCCAACCCUCCGGCGGAUUAAGAACAUCGACUGCUUCCUCAACAGAUAUGAAAGCGCCGUUGCCUCCGUCACCUCUUGGCGCAUGAAGCCUGACGACUUCACAGUGAUCAAGACGAUCGGUAGAGGGGCCUUCGGCGAGGUGCAACUGGUGCGGCACAAGUCAACGCGGCGCGUCUACGCCAUGAAGCUGCUCAGCAAGUUCGAGAUGAUGAAGCGCUCGGAUUCUGCCUUUUUUUGGGAGGAACGCUUCAUCAUGGCACAUGCGAGGUCGCAGUGGGUAGUGCAGCUCCACCACGCUUUCCAAGACGACCGCCGGCUCUAUAUGGUCAUGGACUACAUGCCCGGCGGAGACCUGGUCAAUCUGAUGAGCAAUUAUGACGUGCCGGAGCACUGGGCACGCUUUUACUGCGCCCAGGUGGUGCUGGCGGUCGACACCAUUCACGGCAUGGGCUUUGUGCACAGGGAUGUGAAGCCAGACAACAUGUUGCUCGAUGCAAGGGGUCACCUAAAGCUGGCAGACUUCGGCACCUGCAUGCGGAUGGACACUGAUGGCCUGGUGCGGUCGGACACGGCAGUGGGCACCCCGGACUACAUCUCGCCCGAGGUGCUCAAGAGCCAGGGGGGCGAGGGCUGCUACGGCCGGGAGUGUGACUGGUGGAGCGUGGGGGUGUUCCUCUACGAGAUGCUGGUGGGGGACACCCCCUUCUACGCCGACUCCCUCGUGGGCACCUACGGGAAGAUCAUGGACCACGCCAACUCCCUCAGCUUCCCUGAGGACGUGGAGGUCUCACGUGACGCCCGCCACCUCAUCUGCUCCUUUCUCAGUGACAGGACAGUGAGGCUGGGCAGGAACGGUGUCCAGGAGAUCAAGGCUCACCCGUUCUUUCAAAACGAUCAGUGGACCUUCGAGAACAUUCGUGACGCGGCGCCACCCGUCUCGCCAGAGCUGAGCGGAGACGACGAUGCCAGCAACUUCGACGACGUGGAGCAGGACGAAACGCCCGAGGAGAACUUCCCCGAGCCCAAGGCGUUUGCCGGGAACCACCUCCCGUUCGUCGGCUUCACUUACUCGGGCGACUAUUCGCUCCUCUCGGGCUGCAGUGUGCAGGGUCUGGACGGCUUUGACGAGCCUGAUAAGAUGAGCGGUCCAAAGGCGGAUGUACUUCAGGAAGAGGUGGUCAAACUUAGGGGUGCCAAGGAAGAGGUUGAACAAAAAUACAGGCUGACGCUGAAGCAGUUGGAGAGCCUCUCGCAGCAGACCGAACAAGUGUCCGUGCUGGCUUCGGACAACAGGGAACUGAACAAGAAGAUCACGCUGCUCUCCCACGAAUCCAAAGAGAGCCAGCGCAAGUACGAGAACGAGUGCGACAACCGCCGAAAACUGGAGCUCAAGGUCCAGGAGCUGUGGUCCAAGCUGGAAUGCGAGCAGUCCUCACGCGCCCAGCUGGUUGCGGCUUCCCAGGCGUCCUCGGAAAAGGCCUCGGGCCUCGAGAAGCAGCUCUGGGAGCUCAACGACAAGCUCAAGCAGGAGGGCGACGCAGUGGUCAAGCUCAAGAAGGCCAACGCGGAGCUCUCGCUGACAGUCGCGGCACGCGAACGCGCCUGCCAGGAGCUGCAGGAGGCGGUCGGCGCGUUGCGCGGACAGCUGGGCUCACAGGAGCGCGACCUCUCGAACCUCCAGAUCCAGCUCGAGCAGGAGAAGUCGAGCUGGGCGGUCCGGGGGCAAGACCUCGAGAGCAGACGGCAGGCACUCCAACUGGAGCUGGAGCGGUUGCGCGAGCGCGAGGCCCACGCGCAGGAGGAGGCGCACAGGCUCGCGGGACGGGUCCUUGAGCAGGAGAAGCAGCGGGCGGUCUUGGAGCUGGAGCUACGGAACGCGCAAAACCGGCUGGACCGCGAGCUCGGCCAGCAGGGCCAGCGGCUGGACAAGCGCUCCGGCGGGGAGGGCGCGGAGGCACUGGCGGCGAAGCUGGCGGAGGAGCGGGCGGCGCGCCAGCAGGCAGACGCGCUGGCGCAGGACCGGGAGCGCCAGAUGUCGAUGCUAGCGGUGGACUACCGGCAGCUGCAGGCCCAGCUUCAGCGGCUGCAGGGCGAGCAGCGGCAGGAGGCGGAGAAGGCUCAGGCGCUGCAGGCGCAGCUCGACGAGGAGGGCCGCCGGAGAGGGCAACUGGCCCAGCAGGCGGCGCUGCAGGCGCAGGAGGUGGCGCGGCUGGCGGCGCGGGAGAAGCAGACGCAGGCGGCGCUCACGGAACUCAGGACGGCGCACCAGGCAGCGCAAGAGGAGCUGGCGAGGCUGAACGCGUCCAAGAAUGUGGAUGACUUGCAGAUGAAGGAGCUCCAAGAUCAACUUGAAGCGGAGCAGUACUUUUCGACCCUGUACAAGACCCAGGCCCGAGAGCUCAAAGAGGAACUGGACGAGCGCAGCCGCAUGGCGCAAGAGCUUGAGGACCAGCGCCAGAUGCUCAGCCGGGAGCUCGAGGUGGCGCAGGCACGCGCGGACUCGCUCGAGUUGCACCGCUCGGUGCUCGAGGACACUGCGGCCGGACUGGAGAAAGACCGCGCGGUCCGCGACCUUGAGUUGGAGCAGCUCCACAAGCAGCUGGUGUCAGAGAGGUCGUCGCACGAGUCGGCGCUGGAGCAGGAACGGGCAGAGCGGGCAGCGGAGGCGGCGCGUCAGGAGCAGCUGCAGAAGCAGUUGCACCAGGAGCGGCUGCUCAAGCAGGUGGCGGUCAACAAGCUGGCGGAGGUCAUGAACCGCAAGGACCUUGCAGGGAAAGGGGGCGGAAAGACCAACGACCUGCGGAGGAGGGACAGGGACGUGCGGAAGCUUCAGCAGGAACUCACCCAGGAGCGGGAAAAGUACUCUCAGAUGGUGGCGAGGCUGCAGAAGGAGCUGGCGGAGCUGCAGGCGGCAGCCCACGAAGAAGGCCAGGCGCGGAUCAAGCUGCAGAUGGAGCUUGACUCCAAGGACUCUGAAAUGGAACACCUGCGGAGGGUGGCGGCCGCCACGUCCGUCUCGGCACCGGACGCCGGAUCACUGGCCCCUCCCGGCUCGGAGACGAACCCGCAGCGCCUCGAGGGCUGGCUCUCGUUGCCCCAGAAGCAGAACAUCCGGCGUCAUGGUUGGCGGCGGCAGUAUGUGGUCGUCAGCUCAAGGAAGAUCCUCUUCUACAACUGCGAGGCGGACCGAGCCAAUGCAGACCCCGUCUUGGUGCUAGACCUGAGCAAGCUGUUCCACGUGCGCAGCGUGACGCAGGGUGACGUGAUCCGCGCAGAUGCCAAGGACAUCCCGCGCAUCUUUCAGGUGCUGUACGCGGGCGAGGGGGAAAGUAGGAAGCCCGGCGACGGCGCAGAGCCCCCACAGUUCAAGGACCCGAACGCGUUUGAGCACAAGGGCCACGACCUGGUGACCAUCAGCUUCCACAUGCCGACGACGUGCGAGCUGUGCCCCAAGCCCCUGUGGCACAUGUUCAAGCCUCCCCCCGCCCUCGAGUGCCGGCGGUGCAGGCUCAAGCUGCACCGGGACCACGUGGACCUCUUGGCACCCUGCAAGGUGGACCCGACGUCUGCCAAGGAGAUGCUCCUGCUGGCGCCGUCGCCGGACGACCAGCGCCGCUGGGUGGCGCAACUCCGGCUCCGUGUGGACGCGUGCGGCUACGCUGCGUCUUCCUCCUCCAACUCCCCGAGCACGUCUCGGCUCCGCAAGUUCCCUUCGUCGGCGUCGUCGGCCUCGAACACGUCCACGGGCUCGGCCUCGGCGCCCGGCGGCAAAGCGUCCACCCUACCCAGCCGCAAGAUCUAGCGCCAGUCGUGAGCCAGGCUUCGGUAUUAGCUCUCAAAUAUGGCACGCUCGUCGCGGUCCUGGCGUCGACCAAAGACAACGGUGGUCGUGGCCGCAUUUGCGCGGGAGUUCUCGUUUCGAAGGGGAAGCGCUCUUGCUCGUUUCGAAGGGGAAGCGCUCUUGCGGGUUCGCCGCAGCGUGCCCAACAUCGUCCGCUCGCGUUCGAGAGACUUUUAGUCGCCGAAUGCAAGCGGCCGAUGGGAAUUCGGUGCCACUUGCCACGCUCCGUAGUCUUUCCAAUGUUUGCCCGAGGCUUGUUGGCUACUCGUUGGUCGACGCCAAACGUCGAGCAGAAGUUAGAGGGUCGUGGAUCGCCGUCCGCCGUCGGAUGUCGUCUCGACGGGAAUCUAAGCGUACCUGCUGGGUGUUCAAAGAUGCCAGUUUUGCCGGCUGUGUAAAAACAAGUUUUACUCUGUGUGCAGACUCCGUGGCUUUUCGUUCGUGCAGGGCGUGCCUGCAAGUCGUUGUGGUCGGCUGCGCGAAGCUCGAACGUUGGCUGCAAUGUUGUGAAAGUGCCUAGCUCAUUCUUUUUAAUGAACAUUUGAAAACAAAAAAAAAAGUGAAAAUGUGUACAGCAUUUGUGUGUCCCAACGAUUCGAUGUCACCCCUUGGGCUCGCCGUACGAAACCCGACUGUUUCGUGGCGUGCAAGUUAAUGUAGUUGUGGCUUUUGGGAAAGUCUGCUUUUGCACGAGUCGUUGUGUUGUUGUUGUUGUUGUGUUUCGAAAGCUCUGGUUAGUAAUUGCGAGUUUUUAAGUGUCAAGUCGUGUUUUUUUGUUAGUUCGACAUUUUGGAAGACGCCGUCGUUGGUGUCGACGGAAAUUAGAUCUUUUUUAAACAUAGUUUUAAUGCCAAAACGCCGAAACAAUGUUUCGGUCACUUAGAAGUCUUAGUUUGUCUCCGGUUCGGCAGUAUACGAAAGUUGCGAGCGUGGACGAGUAGCUCUGGAAAAAUGUCCUAUCGUGCCUAUGCUCGUGUGGUGGAGAUGCUUUGAAUGAUGUACGAUCUUCACCUUGUGUGGGCUAAGAGGAGCUGGACAAGCUCAUCCUGCAAAGCCUUCCACUCCACUUCAGCAGAGCAAACACUGACAAGGAGAGAUUCUCCUCAACUCUAGCAUUUGCUCUGCUGAAGUAGAAAGAGGAAGGUUUUGUGGGAAAAGGUUAUCCCACUUCUCUUUCCCAGCAACACGGUCCAGUGCUUCCGGCUUUCCGAGAAGUGCGAAGAUGGCUCAAACAGGACGUGCCUUUAUUGCGGUUACUUUCAUCUUGGCAAAGGUGUAGCAAGCGUGCACAGUUCACCAGGGUAAGAAGCAGAUAAGUCGUUGCAAAACUAAAAACCACGCUCUCUUAUCUUUGGAUGUGCGUAGCUUUCGACGAAGUAGCUGGUAACUUUUUAAAACUGAGUGUACAUAAACGUGACGAAGUGAGAAGCGCUCGACUAGUGGCUCAGUUCUUAGCGUCAAAAUCUUUUCGUAAUCUGCAGUGUUUCGAUGCUAGAGUUUACAAGAUGGUACUGGUCUUGGAGGCGGAAGAAAACCUCUUGCAGGGUCUCAGCGCAUCGUUCGAAGUUCCUUACUGCCACAAAAGAGCCCGAAUCGAUGACUUUCGUUUUGUUAUUAAGAGUGACACCUCAACUUGUUUGCAAGGAGGGGUCGUAAACGAUCAAGGACAACGUCUUUGAAAGAGCAAGGAUUCUAGGCCGGACGAAUUUCUCCGAGCUUAUUUUAGGCAUUAAUAGUGUCUCCUAUGAGAGGAAGGUUUUUUUUGUUGUUUUUUUUUUGUUAGCAAUGGGGUUGCAUUUAAGGCUCCGGUUCCACGGUGGCAUUCUCGAAUGGGUACAACGCGGUUAAAAAAUUUUGAAGGGAAACCUAAAUAUGCACUUGAAAGUAACUUUGCGAGCGUACUCUUUGCAAUUCUAGGGCGAGCUAUUAUAGGCGUAAGUUAAUCAUCAGAUCAUUAACAAGCCAGCAAAGCUAUUUCGGAGUAUGCCUUUAUUUUUUUUUUUUAAUAAAUUAAAUAUUGUUUUGUAGUUAUUCAAUAUGGCCACCGUGGGACCAGAGCCUUAAAUUGCAGACUGUUGCGUACUCUGGAUCACAACCUCUCAAGUUUGAUCCGGCGUCUUGGUGCAGAAGGUACCCGUGCCCUAUUGCUUGCAACUCGGCAGGCAACCGAGCUUUCGCCGAUCUUUGGGUAGAGCUGGCCGACUCGUCCAACGCGAUUUCGUCAGACCAACGCCCAUUUUUAUACGACAGUGUGCCAUUGCGUUCGGUUCUGAACUCGCCGUUGUUAGGGUCGUGACCGCCGCUCAUUGUCGUGCUGCGACAAUUGCUCAAGUGCCUCUCAGAGUCUCUCUGUCCGUCUCUGCGUUGCCGCGAGACGCCUCUAAUGUGCCUUGUUUGAACGACAACUUAGGUGUGAGCGAGUCUGGACCCCACACGUCUUUUAAGAAACGGCUCUUCGCUUUUUACGGCACUUGCACAUCGUGGUCUCGCGCAAUACCUCUUGGAGCGGAUUUCCAAAACAAAAUGUGGUUUUCGCCAAGAAACAAACGCUUUUAAUUUUUUUUUUUUUUCUUGCGUUAUAUAAGUUGUGGUUACGCGACACUUCCACGGCGACGGAAGUGGGCAUCUCGUGUCGCCCUAUUGCAUGGUGCCCGCGCGUAGCAACUUUUCGCAUUAAACAAAAAUGCGCUGGCGUUUUUAGUAUUUUUUUUUUUAUUUCGAUGUUCGUGACUGUCGGAGCUUCUCGUUCUUCCGGCUGGUUCCAUGUUGUUAUGUGUAUAUGAGUAUUUAAAUAAAGCUCAUUUUGAAGAAGUC